ACACCAUUUGAAGAUGCGCGAUUUUGCCUGCCCAAAGGCUCCUCUACUCGACAGAAGUCCAUCUUGUCCUACUUUCCCUGCCUCCCAACCCUGAACGACUUAACAGAACGGGGAAGACGAGAGAGCGAGAGUCUUAAGCGGAGGUAUUUACUCUCAUCUCUCCUUUUUACUAACAGGGUAGGGCUCCCCUCUCUUUCGCUGAGGUUGUAUCUGAGGGAACGAGAGAUGUCUCCAAUAUUUAUUCUUGUUCACGCAGUACCAUUCCAGAGAGUCAAUAUGUGCACAUUCAAAGAGCCAUAAAGCCAACAUAAUUUCCUUUUUAUCGAGAUGAAGGCAAGAGCUACAUUUGACGAUUAGGUGGUAGAAUGAAAUCCAACCACUUCCUAUAUUUCGAUUAUGUCUACUUCUCCAUCUAAAGCAACACAGCCACUAUGCACCUAAACUCUAUUUGUCCAAAAUCCAAAUUGUACCAAUUGUUCCAUAAAAGCAACUACUCGCUGCUCUGAUAGUUUUACGUCUCUUCCGGCUUAUGCAAGAAUUAGCAACUGAGUUUGAUUUCUGGGUCUGAAUCGACUCUGAACUAUAUAUGAAAUCCAACCGCACCCUUCUCAGUAUACAUCUUUAUUUCACAUCUAUCACAUGUGCCCAUAUCUAGCUUUUUACAUAAAAUCCAGAGAUGUUAAAAAUGUUUAAUUAUCUGUGGGGAUUACUUUUUUUUUUUUUUUUUACGAUCAUUACGUUCUUCUACUGUGCAUCCAACCUUGUCUCCCUAGCUUUACAUUUUAUCUCCCUAUUGGUUUCACCCCCCCCAUGGAACUUUUGAAACAUGUGCAUGAUCUCUGUACAUUUAAUAACCCUCUCAAUUACCUGCAAUUUAUUUCACUUGCUCUGUGAUAAUUGUUUCAAAUUGUGUCAUGACAUGAGUAGGAUAUAAUGCAAUAUGCCGAAGGAUUUGAGGAAUUCCAAUUUUCAACUCUUCCACUAGCCAUCACUUACAUGUUUUCCUUAUGGCAUGCGUGCUCCAAGCAAAAGUCUCUAUGCCUUGGAAAGACCUCGAUGCCCAAUUUAUCGUAAACAACAUACUGUUAUCCAUCCACCAUGUGUACUUCACAAAGCACUUGAUGAGGCACUAAUAUCUGGAUACAAAGCGCGGUGAGAUGGAUCAUGCUCGCUGCUUGUUCGACAGGAUGUCUCUUAGAAACACCAUCUCUUGGACUGCACUAAUAUCUGGAUACAGGCAGAAGCGGAGCCACUUUCAAGCAUUGCAAGCAUUUCUCAUGCACAAACAACUCGAAGCCCCGCCACACACAUCACAUAUGUGGGCGUCCUCAGCUCAUGCACCAAACUUGGCUUCAUUUGGCUUGGAAUGCAGGUCCAUUACCAGCCCGUCAGAUAGGGCUUUCACUCUUAUAACUCCGUUGAGAAUGGCUUCAUAUCAUUGUACAGGGGUGGGCGAUAGAGUCCCGGAUGCCUGCGGGUGUUUGCAAAGAUUCUUGAACCAAAUGAUGUUUCGUGGACUCUUGUUUUAUCCGGUCUAGUGCAAAAUAACUGAUUAUACAUGGUGUCAGUUCCUUCGAGGAUGAUGUCUCCAAGCAUUUUUCGUGACGUCCUUCAUGCUUUCCAGCUCUCUAAAGGCCUGUUCUGAGGAUGGGCUAGAUAGGGGUGGCAAUUUCAAGACCCUACCUGACUAGGUUUCACUCGGAUCCGUUCAAAACAUGGACCUGGACCUGGAUCCUCAUUAUUCGACCCGACUCGAUUGCCACCGCUAGGGCUAGAUGGGAAAGUAAUUCAGAACAUUGCUGUUAAAACUGGUCUAGACCUUGAUCCUUUCGUGGGAUUUGCACUGAUAAGCAUGUACUCAAGGUGCAAGGAUAUCAAAGAUGCAUCUAAGGCAUUCCAUGUAAUCAUGGACAAAGAUGUUGCGUCAUGGACUGCUUUGAUAGAAGCUUGUGGGGAGAAUGGGAGAGGAGGCCAAGGUUUGGAUGUGUUUGUUCGCAUGAUUGAAUCUGGCAUGAAGGUAGACGAGAUCGCUAUGACAGUGGUUGUGGGCAAAUGCGCCGACCUAGCCAUGCUCAAGCAUGGCAGGCAGAUCCAUGCCCAUGCAACAAAACUCGGUCUAGACGGUAGGGCACACAUGGGAAAUAGUUUGAUGGAUAUGUACACGAAGUGUGGAAACCUUGAUGAGGCGCUCAAGCUUUUUAGCAGGAUGAAGUAGAGGAACAUGGUUUCAUGGACCACCAUGAUUGGGGGACUUGCGCACCACUUUUGACCUAUUCCACGAGAUGCAGAACAGCCGGUUGGAGUCCAACUCCAUCACAUAUCCUUGAAUUCUUACAGCAUGCUGGCCUUCUCAUAGAGGGUUAAUGCAUAUUUGAGUCAAUGGUUGUCAAGCAAUGUAAGAGCACCAUGUUUGCAUGGUGCGCACUUACUUUCAGUGGGAGGGAGUUUCAAGGAAGCAGAGGAGUUUAUUAGGAGAGCUCUUAUUUCACACAGGCCAUUUCUAUGGCCGACCUUUCUCACUGCUUGCAAGAACCAUAGGGAGUUGGAGAGAACAUUACGUAUUGCACAGAUGAUGGUGGAUACAAGGACAGAAGAUCUUUCCACUUUGGUUCUACUGUCAAACAUUUUUGCAGUCGCAGGGAGAUGGGAGGAUGUAAGGAGGGUGACACAAGCAAUGAAAGAGAGGGGAAUGAGGAAGCAACCAGGGUGCAGCUGGAUCAAAGCUGAUAAUCAGGUCUAAGACACUGCCAAUUGGUGGUUAAAAUUGCCAUUGGCUUGAAGUUCAUUCCUAUUGUUCUCAGUUACUCCAGUAUUUGGUCUUCUUGAAAGAAACUAUCUUGGUCCCCUCAUCAAGGUUCCAAUUGAGCUAGUUUUACAUGGCACAAACAAUGAACAAUCAACAGGAAGACCACUAUAUUGCAACAAUAUCUGAGACCAAUGAGAAAAUCUGUUGGGGAUGUGGCAUGCGACUCCUGCUUCCACCUUAUACCCCUAUCUUCAAAUGUGGAUGGUGUGGUGCAAUAACCGAUCAAAACUUACAGGAUCGCUGCUCUUCGUGGUGGAGGAGGCUGCGGGAUCGAUUGCUUGUGACUGGCCUUCUCUUUUUCAUGCUAUUUGUCAUAUGCGGUGGCAUAUGGGCCGUGUACCCGGUGGUUUUCUCUUUCAGUUUUGGAUGGAUAGUUUUUCACUUGUUGACGACAGUUUCCUUUUCUAUUGUCACUAUUGUUAGUUUCAUCUCGGUAGCAUUCCAGUCUGCUGCAUCACCUUUGAAUGUGUUAUGGGGCAGCUUAGAAGUCGUAAGAAAAGGAGCUCUUGAGAACUUCACUUUCUGCCACUAUUGUGGAAAGCCAAAGUCACCCAGGAUGCAUCAUUGCCGCACCUGCGGCACAUGUAUAAUGGACAUGGAUCAUCACUGCCCAUUUAUUGGAAAUUGCAUAGGAGCAGCAAAUCACCAUAACUUCAUUAUAUUCCUGGCACUUGUAGUAAUCAGCAAUCUUUAUGCAUUUAUAAUGUCAAUAAUGGCCAGUGCUUAUAUCUGGCCAUCUCUUGGUCAUGAGGCCUUUGGUUCUGUUGCAAGAUUGAGGAUGCUUGAUGUUGUCGGAAUCUUUAGUGAACUGGCACGUGCUUUAUCAAGCGCUGCACUACUCUUGUCUUUGAGAGGAAUGGUGCUUAUGUAUCUGUGUAUUGCUAGCUUCUCUGUGCAACUGGGAAUAUGCUUAUUGUUGUGGCAGCAACUACAGCUGAUUUAUGAAGGACGGACAUACAUAAAUCACAUGGGUUAUUGGAAUGGUGGGACCAAUGAAAGGGGUUGGCAGAAUAUCCGACGGUUUUUUGAUUCUCAGAAAUCAGUAUUCCUGUUCGUAUGUGGUUCCAUGAGGUCUGCUGAAAAGACUCACAAGAGAUAGGCUGCCGCCCCCUCCUUAAGAUCAUCAUCAUCAAUGGAAUGUUCUUAGUUUUCUUUUGCAUGUGAUUGUUAUGGUGAGGAUGGGACGGGAGGUUGAGAGGGUCCAACUGCUACAAAGACAUGCGUGCCAAGUCUUGGGCACGUUAACGAUAGAAAAUGGAAAAGAGAAAAAAGUAGUAUGUACAAGAAGGGAAAAGGCAAACGACUACAAAUUACGGAGCACUUAAUCGGGCCCCUUUGAGUGGCUCUGCUCACAUGAAAGAAUAAAACCAAACCAGCAAACAGACUGGGAUUUUUACCAAAAAUUAAAAUUAAAAGGGUAUGGUAUUUUUUUCAUUUUGUUUGUAUUGGUGCGACCAGAUUUUACCUUGGCUUGGAGGCCAAUAAAACCAAACCAGCAAACAGACUGGGAUUUUUACCAAAAAUUAAAAUUAAAAGGGUAUGGUAUUUUUUUCAUUUUGUUUGUAUUGGUGCGACCAGAUUUUACCUUGGCUUGGAGGCCAAAAUUCAAACUUCCUGUACCUCCCAUGCUUACAUAUCGAACUUAUUGUGAGAGAAUUGGGUGUUGCCUGAGAACUUCCCACUCUACUCAUACAGUGCACAAGAUUAUUGCCUUUCUCCUCCGAUAAGUACGUAACGAAAUGAAUGUUUUGUUGUCGUGA